GUCGCGCAUGCGUCACACAUUACACCGGAAAUCGUUUAAUGAAACUCCUGAGUAAUUCAUCUUUGGCACAACACAGGAUCUUCGUUGCAACUGUUCGAACACAAAACAAGCUGCUCCACAAAGCUCCAAAAUAGCUGCCGUCCAACACAGCUGGGCUGACAGGAGGGAAGGGGAGAACACUAACCCUGGUCUCCCUGAGCUGAACCCGAGUUAACCUGCUAGCCAUGGAUGACAGCUCCUCACUGGGCAAAGUCAGCAGCUCAACAGAGUCCGUAGCCACCGUCACCAGUGAAGAGUUUGUUCUGGUCCAGUCCAGCUCGGCCAGUUCACCGCAGGGCUCCGAGGGCAGACCAAGACUCAAGAUGUCCUGGAAUGGAAGUGAUCAGCUAGAAAAGGCUUUGGAGGAGGUGCUGGAUGACGAUGAUGAGGUGAAGGUAGAAAAGAGCUGUGUGGAACAGAUGGAGAAGCACAAGGAACCAGAGAGCCGAGUGCCAGAGAGCCAGCCUGCAGAAGCUUGUCCAGCCCCAUCCAGUCCCAGUGUCAUAGAGGAGGACAGCGUCCAGUUCAACAAGUUAUCCUACCUGGGGUGCACCUGGGUCAAAGCCCCUCGCAAUGAGGCAGAAGCGCAGAGAGCUAUGGCGACCCUUCGAGCAGAGAGUGCCAUCCCAAUACCCAUCACACUACAUGUUCCCUGUGGUCCAGAUGGUUCUGUCAGAAUCGUAGAUCAGGCCUCAGGAACAGAGAUCGCCUCCUUCCCCAUCUUCAAGGUGCUGUUCUGCGCCCGUGGGCCGGACGGUUCUGUGGAAAGCGACUGUUUCUCCUUCACUGAGAGUUAUCGAAGUUCAGAGGACUUCCAGAUUCACGUUUUCUCCUGCCACAUCAAGGAGGCUGUCAGCCGUAUCCUUUACAGUUUCUCCACAGCCUUUCGGCGCUCUUCACAGCGAGCAGACAUCAGGGACACAGCCCUGUCCGGUCCUCCUGACGGUGAUCUCUACACCUUCACCGUCUCACUGGAGAUCAGAGAAGAUGAUGGCAAAGGCAACUACAACCCAGUGCCAAAGGACAGGGAUAAGUUUUACUUCAAGCUGCGACAGGGUGUCCAGAAGAAGGUGCUGGUUUCUGUUCAACAAAUGUGCAACAAGGAGCUGGGCAUCGAAAGGUGUUUUGGGAUGCUGCUGAGUCCCGGACAGAAAGUCUGCAACAGUAACAUGCAUCUUCUUGACACGGAAUCAAUGGGAAAGAGCUCGGAUGGAAAGGCCUACAUCAUCACAGGAACGUGGAAUCCCAACAUGGCCGCUUUCCAGCCACUGAAUGAAGACACGCCUAAAGAUAAGCAGAUCUACAUGACGGUGGCGGUGGACCUGGUAGUCACCGAAGUGGUGGAACCCGUUCGCUUCCUGUUGGAAACCCUCGUCAGGAUCUAUCCAUCAAACGAGCGAUUCUGGUACUUCAGCAGAAAGACCUUCAGCGAAACAUUCUACCUCAAACUGCGACAGCAGGCCCCUGACAGAGUGAGUCAGAGUGAUGCUGUGUAUGAAGUGGUGAGCCUUCAGAGGGAGGCAGAAAGAAACAGUGAAGAAAGAGAGCGGAUCACCGCACCUAAUGAGGAAGAGGAAGUCAAUGAAGAUAGUGACAGUGAAAUCUCCAGUGGAACUGGAGAUGUUUCCAAGGACUGCCCGGAGAAAAUACUAGAGUCUUGGGGAGGCAUCCUCACCAGAUGGCACGGGAACCUGUCCACUCGUCCAAAGGGUUUGUCCUCAUUGGUUCGUAGUGGCAUUCCCGAGCCACUCAGAGCUGAAGUCUGGCAGCUGCUGGCCGGUUGCCACGACAACCAUGACCUGCUUGAACACUACCGCAUCCUCAUCACCAAGGACUCGGCACAGGAAAGCGUCAUCACCCGUGACAUCCAUCGCACUUUUCCAGCACAUGACUACUUCAAGGAAUCUGAUGGAGAUGGACAAGAUUCACUGUACAAGAUCUGCAAGGCUUAUUCUGUGUAUGAUGAGGAAAUUGGUUACUGUCAGGGCCAAUCGUUUCUGGCUGCUGUUCUUCUUCUACAUAUGCCUGAGGAGCAGGCCUUCUGCGUGCUGGUGAAAAUAAUGUAUGAUUAUGGCCUCAGAGCUCUGUACAAGAACAACUUUGAAGAUCUUCACUGCAAGUUCUAUCAGCUGGAGAAGCUAAUGCAGGAACAGCUCCCAGACCUUUGGGCCCACUUCCAGGAGCUGAACCUGGAGGCGCACAUGUAUGCCUCCCAGUGGUUCCUCACCCUCUUUACGGCCAAGUUCCCCCUCUGCAUGGUUUUCCACAUCACUGACUUGCUGCUUUGCGAGGGACUAAGCAUCAUCUUCAAUGUGGCCCUGGCCCUGCUCAAGACAUCCAAGGAGGACCUUCUGCAGGCAGACUUUGAGGGGGCUCUCAAGUUCUUCAGAGUCCAGCUCCCAAAGCGCUACAGAGCUGCAGAGAACGCACGGCGGCUUAUGGAGCAGGCCUGCAACAUUAAGGUUCCAACCAAAAAGCUGAAAAAGUUUGAGAAGGAGUAUCAGACGCUGAGAGAGAGCCAGCUGCAACAAGAAGACCCCAUCGAUCGAUACCAGAGGGAGAACCGGCGACUACAAGAAGCCAGUAUGAGGCUGGAGCAGGAGAAUGAUGACCUUGCACAUGAACUGGUCACCAGUAAGAUCGCACUCCGGAAUGAUCUCGACCAGGCUGAAGACAAGGCUGAUGUUCUGAACAAAGAGCUGCUGAGCACCAAACAACGGCUGGUGGAGACGGAGGAGGAGAAGAGACGGCAGGAGGAGGAGACUGCUCAGCUAAAGGAGGUGUUCAGGAGGGAACUGGAGAAAGCAGAGAUGGAGAUCAAGAAAACCACAGCCAUCAUAGCUGAGUACAAACAGAUCUGCUCCCAGCUGAGCACCAGGCUGGAAAAACAGCAGGCGGCGACUAAAGAGGAGCUCGACAUUGUCAGGAAUAAAGUGAUGGGCUGCGGGCAGUGCAGGGACCUGUUCAGCACGCUGGGCUCCCUGCAGGCUUCCUCCCCCGGCAGCGACAGGACAUCCAGCGAUCCUCCGGACGAGGAGAAGGACGGGCUGAAGGAGCAGCUCAGGCAUCUGGAGCUGGAGCUGGCUCAGACCAAACUCCAGCUGGUGGAAGCAAAGUGCCGAAUCCAGGAGCUCGAGCAUCAGCGUGGAGUCCUGAUGACUGAAAUCCAAGCUGCUAAGAACUCGUGGUUCAGCAAGACUCUGGGAUCUCUGAAGAGCUCAGCCUCCUCCUCCUCCAGCUCAACAUCCCAGACUCCGUCCUCCCCAAGGGAUGGGCCUGCCUAGCUCGACCUCCGUCACCCUGUCCCCUAAAGUUCCCCUGCAGGAUGCAAACUAGUGUCGUGGACAAAGGCUGAAGAAAGUGGUGCAGGAGAAAUGCAGUAUUCCUUUUUUUCAGCGAGUGGUAGAAAUGGAGCUUCCUGGAUUUGUGGAGUGCAAGCAGAAGAAGAACGGGCAGGAAGCUGGUGUGCUGCAAAAAAAGACUGAAGUGACGUUCUCUGCUCUACAGGUACAGAGUCCGGUGAAGGUGAAGGAUCAUCAAAGUUCAUUUGUCAGUGUAAAAUCAGCAUUCUUAGGCGUCUUAAAGGUCAGCUGGCGCCAUCUUGUGGACAGUUGUUGUUAUUGCAGAGAAAUAAAGGUCAUUAAGGAUUUUCUAACAGGUGAGACCUAAACCUUCGUUCAGUUUUACAAAAUAGGACAUGAUUUUAAAUGAUGGUGCUCCAUCAAAGUAGUUUUAUACAUCUGUUAUUAAAAGUAUAACUAUGUACCUCCACCCUGUUUAAUACAGAAAUGCCCAGCACUCUAAAGAAAGGAAUACUGCCUACUGUAGUAAACUAAAGCAUCACAUAAGUUGCAAUUCUUUAUAGUAAUAUAACAUAAACAAUGUUGUCUUAAUAAGAUGUAUAACUAAUUGUUGACUUUUUUAUUUUAAAUAAUCUUGUACAGUUCUUUAAGGAAAACACAGAAAAGUUCUUAUAUUUCUUUUCUACAGUUUGAAGUCAAAUCUUGUCUCUGUAAAGCACAGUGUGUCGGGAUCGGGUCGAGUCCAAAUGCACCGGAGCCAAAGAGUAAAGAUCUGCAGAGACUUUCUGUUCACUGUAGCCAGUGUUCAGCCUGUUUUCUGUUAUCCUUUCACUUAUAGCUGAAUAUCAGCUGCAGUUUGUGACAAAUUUCAUGUAAUCAUAACAGAAAGGGUCUCUUUUCUGUUUUAGAUUUUAUUUUUACAACUUUUAUUAAUUCAGUUUAAUUCAUGGUUCAUGAUAAGCUCAUAAUGGCUGGGAUUAUAACACCAAGAGGCCAAAUUAGUUUCAAAAUGUAGACAAAUAUUAAGUUACAUAGUAUGUUAGCUUUGCUGUCUGGAGACAACCAGGCUUUGGCUGUUAUGGAUGUCUUACAGGAUGAUAAUUUGAGGUAAAAAUGUCACAAUCUUUCCACAAAAAAACAAAAAUGUUGACUUGAUCUAAUUGCUUUUAUUUCAAACAUAAAGGCAACAAUUAUUCCUGCUAUUGCUAGAAGAAUAUCACAGACUGAUUGUUACAGUUGUGUUCUAUAGCAUUUACUGUUAUUUGGAUGCAUAAAAAGCUACGCAUAUAGAAUAAACGUCUGCUAAAUUAGUGGUUGCACAGAAAAUUAUCCCUUUUAGGUGUUUUGCCCUUCAAAUAGUGAUGAGUUUAACAAGCUGAGAUUAGUUGGUUAAUUAGUUGGGCUGUCUGCUGUGGUAGCCUGUCUGCAGGCAGCUGCUUGUAGCACAUCAACUAUAGUACAACAACAUCAAAUGUUAUUGAUGUACCCAUCCCUCGUACUGCCAAUAGUAGUACUACUAAUAGUAGUACUACUAAUAGUAGUACUACUAUUAGUAGUACUACUAAUAGUAGUACGAGUGAUGGUAGCGCUCUAUUUCCCAUCAUUAUUGUUUGAGGUUUUCAAAACCAGAAAUUAUUCAAAACAGCAACAUUUCUCUUUCUUGAAAGCGAGGGAAACGUGUAGAAACCUUUUUUUAGACAGCUAAAUGGCAGUGCUCAGCAUCAGGUGGAAGCGUAUGUUCUGGGCUGGACUAAAGCCACUUCUCAUUCAAACGGCUUCUUCAGUUCAGAGCUGCAGAAGCCUUUUGUGUGAGAGGAGGAAGGUUGUAAGGAAAAAAGGGGCCUCAGUUGUUUUCUACACUCUGGAAGGUCUGGGAAGGUUUCUAUGACGUUUUGCUUCACUUCUUUGGAUAGAUGAUAUCUAGAAAUGAUGCGGAGAACUUUUUAGAAAGGAUAUAUUCAAAUAUUGGUUUGGGAAAAUAACUGAUUAUGUGAAAAAGGCUUUAAAACCUUGAGGUUAAUGCUAAAUACAGCCCUGACUGAGAAAACUCGUCACUUCGGCACAACUUCUGGCCUCUCAUUUAAAGGACUUUAAAUCAUAAGAACUGUGUAUUUCUCUUAUCUGCAACUUUUUAAAACUCGUACAUUGAGAACCAGCCUCUGCUUAGAGAAAACAUAAUUUUCCUUUUCACGUGUUUAAGCUAACAAAUUAUCUCCACAAAGCCAGAUACUCUGACUCUAAACACCGGGUGCAGAAGGCGCCCAGAUUAUCAAACAUCUGAUGCACAACGUACCCCCAGAUAAACAUCUUUUAUCUCAAGACAUUAGGAAGCAACACGAGGUUGAAGUAUUGCUCAGUCAUUGCCAAACCGUCCCAAAGCCAUCUGUAUGAUUGUGCCAACGUCCGUUUUGCUCUUCUAGUUUUUACACUUGUUUUUAUUUCUCAGGGUUUUUAGCCUGUAAAAGCACAAAGUCCUCCAUGUGUUCAUUGUCAAUCCUCCCCUUAAAAGUACUUUAAAGUACUUUUAUCUAUAGCAGGUGUCAGAUAGGUCCAAACACAAAAAAACAGAAAACAUUUCAUGUUCAGGUAUACGUUGAGGAUGAUUUGGUUGCCAAAAACCACUUUAGCUUCAUGUUAGAGAAGCUGCUCUGCUUAAUGUCCCUCUCUGGUUGACACUGAUCUCGGCCUUUGGACUCGGACCAAUCCCAUGUGAACUUUAUGUGUGUGUGUGUCUGCUGUAACUCGAGCGUUCUCUUCACGUUGCUGCCUUUAUGUUGAGGACUGAAGCAGCCGGCUGAAGAAACAAAAAGCCAUCUGUGUGUCUGAACUCUGAGAGCGUCAGCUGUGCCAUAAGAGCCUCUCCACGGUCUUCCUCCGUGCUCCGGAUCAUCUGCAUCACCCAGACAGUUACUGUUUUGUCUGGUUCAGCCAGAUAUGUUAAUCCUAGGAUUUAUUUCACUUUUCCAGAGCAUUCCUUCUUCACUGUUGUGCAUCGUUCUUGUUGGUCUGUGACUGGAAGUUGUUAAAUGUGGCCAAGCUGGAGAAGAGCUCCCAGUCUGUGAUGUGCACUAACCAAAUGUGGAUGUUUUAAACACUAUUAUGAUUAUAUGAUGACUGUUGCUGAGAAGCACAUUUCUUAUGUAAUUCAGUUAAUUUUAUGGAUCCAGAAGCAGCCGAUGAGUCAGACUGGAGGUGGUUGUGUAGUUUACAGUUAGAUCUCAGUCCCGUUACAGACGGCUCCUCAGCUGGUCUGACUUCACUGUUCCCCUGUACAGAAACUGUUUCCGCUGCAUUAAUAAACUUCAGUUUGUUCAUGAAAUCUGAUCCUUUCAUUCAAAUAAAACAGUUUGAACAUGAAGCAAAGCCUUACAUGAAAAAUGA